CACACACACACAUACAUACACACAUACAUAUACAUACAGGCCAAUAUGGAACCACAGCGCAUCUCAAAGUCGUUUGUCUACGGGACGGUGGCGGUGUGGCUCGGUGACGAGGUGACCUCGGAGUUUACCCAUCGAUGGUGCGCCUUUGUCCGUGGCGUGGGCUCGGACAUGGCGGCAUACGUCCGCAAGGUCGAGUUUCAUCUGCAUCCCUCGUUUCCCGAGCCUGUGCGGACGGUGACCUCGUACCCGUUCCAGAUCGAGGAGCGUGGCUGGGGCGAGUUUGAGAUCAUCAUCAAGGUCUACUUCCGCGACGUCUCGCUCAAGCCCGUCGAGAUGUACCACAUGCUCAAGCUCUUUGAGCUCGACGACGGCGGCAUGAAGAUCGUUCAGUCCAAGCCUGUUCUCCGCGAGACCUUUGACCAGUUUGUCUUCUCUUCGCCCUCGCCGGCCUUUGCCCACCUGCUCACUACCGCUGCCGCCACGUCGUCGCCGGUUCACUCGCUCCUCGCCGCCCGCGUCAAUGCACUAGAGGAGGCGCAGCUUGACCAGCUUCAGCAGACCGCCGAGGGCAUUUCUUCCGAGAUCGAGGAGCUCCACGACAAGCAUCGGCAGCACGACCGUGAGAUCCGCCGAGGCUGA